GUGUGUUGGAACUCUUGGAAUGACCAUGUUCUUGACUGGUGGAAACACAAAGAUGAUUCCAAUGUCUUGUUUCUCAAAUAUGAGGAUUUACACAAGGUAAUGCGGCAGGGGUAAAUAACAUAACCCUUCCCAAGGGACAGGGCAACGUCGAUUUUCUCCAUAGAUCGUACAAAAAAGGUUUAUAAGAAUAAUAAAUUAAAAAGACCUGCAAAGAUAAAACGUUUUCAUCCUUUAUCAAAUUCUAUCAGAUAAGUCUUUAAGGAAAUGUAUGAUGAUGAGUCUGGAGAAUUUGUACUGGGAAAUAAGAUUACACCCUAAGGGACUUGUCAGAAAUUAGCAGGGGGGGAGGGGAGGUGGAGAUUUUUAGUUAAGCGAUGAAAAUAAAAUGACCCUCCCUAGGUAAGGGAUUAAAAUGUCCUGACCCUCCCCUGGAAAGCGUCCUAAAAUUCUAGGACCCUCCCCUGAGUCCGAAUUCUUAUGCAGUGGUGCAAGGAAAAUAAUUCAGUACUUUCAAAAAAGCCAUCUUGUACUGAAACUGACCUACGAUGGACAUGCAAGUGUUUCUUCUGUUGGCAAACAGGACAAAAGAAAGUUUUUGGUUUAAUGGGAUAAUGACAGUUUCUCUUUCACGUAGCCUGAAAUUCAUCCGAUUGCUUCGAGGCGUUUUCUAAUCUCAACAACUGAGGGAUUAAUAACGACUUGAAGUAAUCAGAUGACUAUAAGAAUCAACUAUCACGACUAGAAGAAUCAAAGACGAAUAAUUUUCGCGAAAAAGAGUUAGACUUCUCAAUAUUUUUUCAGUGGAGAUCACUUCAAGUGAUGCUCCAAACAGGGGCAUGUCACAAAUAAAACAGCAUGCUAUAGGAAUGGGUACAUUAAAACCUUAUCAACCACAUUCAAGUAGGAGAAGUUGCCCUUCUACACAAGGAAAAUAAUGAUCAGUAUGUCAGGAAAUCAGAAUUGCAUGUCAUGAUUUUCAUAUAUGGUUUGUAUUCUCGUAAAACAUAAUAUUGAAGCAUCCCUUCACGAUCGUGGUGGCUUAUUUUUUUGUGACCCUCCCUCUUUUCCUGUCAUUUUUUUUUUCCUGCCCUCCCUUUUGGAGGGCUCAAAAAACUCUGACCCUCCCCCAUUUUCCACCCCCCCUUCCCCCCUGCUAAUUUCUGACAAGUCCCUAACAAUAGAGUGUUUUCACAUGACGUCACGGCGGCCAUAUUGGUGUCCCAAAACAAUAAAACGGCGACCAUGUUGGUGUCCGAAACGAGUCCUGUGGGAGUUGAACUCCUUUAUUAUGCAAACGCUUUCUUUUGUUCCAAUAAAUUUGCAUAGAUGCUGGCCACGUGAGUGAAAACACUCUGUAGCAACGGAGACCAUAAAACUGAUAUAUUUUCAAAAUGAUAAAUGCCCACGAUCAUAUCCAGUCGCUGGACCGCGGACCUUAGAGGAAACACCUUCUACCAUCAUGUACCAGGGCUUUCAAUAACAAUUGAAGUAGCCAGCAGGUUUGAUUAGACUAACUGACAGUGUCAAAAAAGGGCCAUUGUUUCCCCAGAAAAUGUUAACAUUUCUAAGCCCUAAAAUGUUUCAUUCAAGUUUCGGUUUAUCAGCCACACAAUCAACUCCUUCAAGCAAUUAACACAAAUGACGGUAAUUCAAUAAUGUACAUUUGUUAGUGAACAAACUCUGGGUAAAUCUAUGUAAAAAGGUGUGGAAAAUUGACUGACCAAUGCGUACCAUAAAUCCAGUGGUUCUUGCUAAAUUAAAAAAUACAUCAUAAUUAUGUUUUCAUUGAGAUGUUAAGAUAUUUUUUGUUUACAACAAUAUUAAAACGUCAUAACUGCUUCUUCUUACACAAAAAAGGUAACCGACUUCUCUGAGCGUUUCGUCGGUCGUGGGUACUUAUUGAAACCCCUGAUAUUGUACCAACCAUUUUCGAGGAUCGAAAAGACGAAACGCACCAAUAACAGAACAGCUUCGGUGCUACUAAUAAUUCCGCACAGUCAAAUGCAUAUGAGAAUGAUCAGCAAAAAUGCCUUCAGGGUAUUGAAAUCUGAACUUCCAAACAUUAGAAAUAAACUCUGAAAUUUUAGCAAGACGAACAAUUGGAAAACCCCAGCUGUAAUCUCUUUAAAUUGAAAGUUCUUGUCUUAAACGGUCAUAUUUACGGUUCUAUCACCCUUUUUGGUGAUCAGUUUAUAUCGUCUUAAUUUAGCUUAAUUCUAUUGCUAAGUACUUGAUUACGCACGUAGGGGUCUUGCAACGUAAAAGAUUAAUCUCUCUCUUAAAUUGUUUCUUCUAGAAUUUACCUUCCCAUGUUCGAAUGAUUACUGAUUUCCUGAACAAGCCACUGACAGAUGAACUCAUUAAUCGCAUUGCAGAGCAGUGCACUUUGAAGGGCAUGAGGGAAAAUGAGAUCAGUUUCAUGGUUAGCCCCGAAGAACAGAGUUCUCCGUUACUACGAAAGGGCGUGGUCGGAGGUUGGAAGAGUUACUUCACUCCUGAGCUGAAUGAUAGAUUUGAUAAGGAAGUGUUGACAAAACUGGAAGGAUCUGGAUUAGAGUUUGAUUUUGAGAUCCAUACGUGA